AUGUACUCUGGGAAUGUAAAGAGUAAGGAACAGCAGCUUUCCCAGGAUAAGUACCGAAAAAUACUAUCAAAGAUCGGAAAGUCAGAGAUUCUGACAGGAUUGAGGACUCUGCACAACUUACUACUGAUCAUGAGAACGGUGCACGGCCGAGAGGCAGAAAACACUCUGAGCACAAGCAUUCCAGCUCCACCGGUCUACAAGACCGUGACAGCUAAUACCUACGGCGAAAAACUGCAUCGGCACAUACUCAUCGCCAGAGAGCUAGCUAAGGAGUUGGCUGACAAGGAAAAAGACGACAACAAAACAAGCUACGACAGCCGCAGAAGGGAAAACGUAUUCAAGUUGGGCGACCUCGUAUUGGUACUAUAUCCAUUCAGAAAGGUCGGCCAAUCGGACAAGCUACAAAGUCCGUUCUUCGGACCAUUCAUAAUCAAGGAGCAGAGGGGACCGGAGACAUUUCUGGUUGCACCGGUUGAACAAGCAACACUGCCUGGGCCCAGGACGAAAGAACAUACCGAACACUCGUCACGGCUGAAAGUGAUACAAGCUGACGAACCCGGCGCCGGACAAAUGGAAAACGACCCAGCAACUGCUCCAGCGAAUCUACCAACAGGCAUCACGGACCCAUCGGAAACAGCGAAUCCAGCAACCGAGCAUCGUUCGGAUCCUGCGAGAACAGAUUCCACGGACCAAUUAAGCCUGAGCGAGGACAGCAUCAAGGAUCACAUACUGAGAGGAUUGACAUCUGAGUAUUCCUUCUUGGUCCACGAGGUUCGGGGUGGGAAACACGACGAUGUCACCGCUCUGGUUCAAGACAUCAGUGAUUGCAUGGCUUCCAACAAACUACGGUCGGGCCAUAGGUCGGAUCGAGAAGACGCUCGGAGGCCGUCGUCGUUUUCCAGUGAAGCAGUCAAUGGAGCUCACCGGAGAAUCAGAUGUUAUAAGUGUCAUCAAGAAGGACAUAAAGCAAUGCAGUGCUCGUCGGAGCAACCCCUGCUGAUGAUUCAGGAAGCUGAGGGGAGGACUGAUGAGGCUCUUUACUCAAGCGAUAUUCUGAUCGGGAAGGAUUUGCUCGACACCGGACUGAUAACGAUAUAUUUCGACGGCUCGGCGUGGAUACUGAAGCCCGAGAUAUUCUUGCAAUUGAUGCUCGGACGGAUGGGAGGAGAACAAGCUCAGGGCAAGAACAAGAAUGUCAGCGUAUUGACUGUGGAGGAUGUGGAGAUUCCUGCAAGAUCCAUCCAUUUCAUAAGAGCGAAGUUGAACGAAGUUUGCGGUGGGACGCUCAUGAUCAAGCAUAUGGAUGAUGUUGGAGUGCUAUGCGGGGUUCGGGACGGAGAUACGCUUAUCCCGAUUUCGAACACGGAGUUGAAGAAGAAGGUGAUCAGCCGAGGAUCGGUAUUUGCGAAGGGUCGCUUGCUGGAGGCAGGAGAUAUUUUCGAAUUGGAGCCGGUGACGAAGUUUGGCGAGGGAGCGGUCAUCAGACAGAUAAGAGAACGACCGAUGUUAAAGGCAGAAGAUCUCAAGGUGGAGAAAAGCGUACCGACUCGUCUCGUAGCGGAAUUGGUAGAAUUGGUGAACAAGUAUGCCGAUGUCGUUGCUGUGUCGAUGGAAGAUCUGGGUAAAACCCAAGUGGCUGAGUGUACUAUCGAGGAGAUGGCGGGAAGUGGACCAAUAUGGGCGCGACCGUACAGGCUCUCUCUGGCUGAACGAGAUGCACUCAAGGAUAUCGUGAAGAAGAUGCUCGCGGCUGGAAUAAUUCAGGAAUCAAACUCGCCGUAUGCGAGUCCUGUCAUGUUGGUCAAAAAGAAAGAUUCCACCUUCAGGCUGGUCAUUGACUUCAGGAAAUUAAACAGUCAGACGCUGAGGAAGAAUUUUCCGAUCCCGUUGAUAGAGGAUAUCUUGGAUGCCGUUGGAGGACGACAAAUACAUACGACAAUGGAUGUAGCCUGGGGAUACUAUCAGAUCCCUAUGGCCCGUGAUGCAUGCCACAAGGCAGCAUUCAUAACACCAGACAGGCAUCAUGAGCCCCUGGUGAUGAUGAAUGGGAUAGCCAAUGGCCCAGCGGUCUUCCAAGAGCUUAUGAACAAGGUGCAGGGAAUGAUUGGCAGGGAUGUUGUCUUUCCAUUCGUGGAUGAUAUGAUAACAGCCACGGAUAAAUUCGAUGUUCACUUCAGUUUGGAGAAGAUCUUCUCGGUGUUACGAGAAGUAGGCUUGAAGAUUCGAUUGAGCAAAUGCGAGUUCUUCAUGAAGACAGUCGACUUUCUGGGUUUCACGCUAUCCAAAGACGGAAUCCGGCCAGGAAAUGCGAAGCUGAAGGCGAUUGAGGAGUAUCCGGUGCCGAAGAGUGUUCCAGAAGUGAGAAGUUUCCUGGGUCUGGCUGGAUUCUUCAGGAGGUUCAUCAAGGGAUUCUCAACCGUCGCGAAUCCCCUGACAUCAAUGUUGAAGAAGAAUGCCGUCUUCGAUUGGAAUCAGGAGUGUGAGGAUGCAUUUGAGCAGCUGAAGCAGAAACUCAUGGCCAAGCCUGUCUUGACCAGCUUCACCAGGGGGAAUCCUAUUCAGCUCCACACUGAUGCGAGUGGAGUGAGAUUGGGAGCUGCCCUGAUGCAGAAAUAUGACGGAGCAUGGAAAAUGGUGUGCGCGGCAAGUCGGCGAUUGUCGGCUACCGAGCAGAAGUACCACUCCACUAAACUCGAACAGUUGGCGGUUGUUUGGGCCUGUGAGCGGUUCAGACAUUACCUCUAUGGAGAAGAGUUUGAAGUAGUGACUGAUUGUGUGGCAGUUCAGGCGCUGAAGAGUAAAAGAGCAACCUCGAAUCAAAUAGCGAGAUGGCUGUACAAACUGGCCGAGUAUGAGUUCACUAUCACGCAUCGAGCAGGAGAAAGAAUGCAGCACGUGGAUACUUUUAGUAGGUAUCCCGUCGAAGAUGCUCCCAUCGAAGAAAAAGGAGUUGAAGAUCGAAAGAGGGUGGUGAAAACCUUCGACGAAGCCACCGCAAUAUUGCAGUAUCAAGACAAAGAGAUUGGCAGAGUGGUUGAGGCGUGGAAACGUAAAGAGAUCCAGCGUAGGGAAUUGAUGCGAGCGCAAUUCGAAGUCAAGAACGGAGUGUUGUUCCGCAAGAUGGAGAUCGAGGGACGGGAGAGAUUAUUAUUUGUUGUCCCGAGAGCAGCAAGAAAAUGCAUUUGCGUCUUGAUGCACGAGCAGUCGGGUCACUUCGGAAAGGACAAGACGAUGGCAUUGAUUCAAGAGAGAUACUGGUUCCCAGUGAUGAGGAAAUAUGUCCAGCAGCACCUCAGACAAUGUAUAGAAUGCUUGUAUAAUGAGGAAAUCACUGAGCGUCAAGAGGGUAUAUGCCACCCGAUCCCGCCUGCCAGGAGACCCUUCCAGAAAAUCAUGAUCGACCAUUGCGGUCCCUUCCCUCCGUCGGCUAGCAAGCAGCACAUAAUAGUGCUCGUGGAUAGUUUAUCCAAGUUCGUGGUUCUUGAAGCAGUCAAGACCACCGAAACGAGGUAUGUCAUCGUAUUCCUGACGAGGAUCUUUUACCAAUACGGGCUCCCGGAUAUCUUCAUAUCAGAUCCGGGAACAGCCUUUACGUCUAAGAAGCUUCAAGAGUUCGUCGCAGAAAAAGGGAAUCGACAUGUCAAAAUAGGCGUGCAGCACCCUCAGAGCAAUGGACAAACUGAGCGGAUGAAUAAAACGGUGGUGACAGUCUUACGGAUUCUGUGCCAUCAUCCAGAGGAACGAGACUGGUUCGGUAAAUUGGAAGCAACGGCGCAUUUCAUUAAUCGUAGGGUUGCGAAAAGUACGAACAAGUCGCCAUUCGAGGUGCUCUACGGUUAUCUGCCGAGAAGGGAUAACUUCUCGUUGUACGUCGAUGAGCAGCAGACUUCAAAAGGGUGGAAUCCUCCCCAGUCAUUGAGAGACGAAGUUACUCAUGCAGUCACGCUCGCGCAGAAGGAUUUCUCGAAGUAUUAUGAUUCUAAACGCAGGCCACAUACGGUGCGUUACUCCGUUGGAUAUGGAGAAGUCGUCCGCAGACUCCCAGUCGCCACGGGAUUACCGACGAAAUUGCAGCCAAAGUUCCGAGGACCCUUAGUGGUCACAGCAGUAUUAGCAAAUGACUCAUACCAGUUAGCACAGCUCGGUGGCAGUAAUUAUAUGACUACUGCGCACUGCUCGCAAAUCAAACUGUUUAAGGUCGCUCAAGAGGUGGGAGACGUGAUCGUUCCACAUGAAACCGAUUCGGAUGAUGAGCUCGAUGCCAUAAACCCAGACGAUAAGCAUGGUGAAGGAGAAGUGACUUUUCAGGGAGAGUCCAGGCAAAACCCCGAAGCUCGUUCAAGCGCAACGACAGAAAGUUCAGUCGAGACAGCCCCGUCGCAGGAGGACAGUGUCCCAGGAAUCAGGGAUAAAGAGACCGAUGAGACGCUUUCGAGGCUCAUGGAUAGCUGGGAAUUGAAGGACACCGAGGAUGGAGGGUAUGGUGACGCCUUGCUGUCUGUUCAUCGAGGAAACAAGUGUGUGAUUAUCAAACUCUGGGACGCCCCAUGCGUUCCGGAAAUGAAUACGAACCUUAUCUCUGUCAGCAAGUUGACGGAAAGUGGCUACAAAGUCACAAUGAGCACUGAGAGGACCCUCAUCUCCACCGGUCAAGGAAGAGCGAUAGCCGAAUGUAAGCAAGGACUCUACGUCCUCAACAUCGACAAACGAAUCAAAUACGAAGACGACUUCUUCAACUGUGAAUCAUGUCAACAAGGAAAACAGCACCGGAGCACCUACCGAGCCAAACCCACAGACUGCAGAGCAAAAAGACCAGGAUACAUCCAUGGCGACCUAUGCUCGCCAGCCCAACGAUCCCUGACCGGCUUCAACCACUUCAUGUGCCUGACCGACGACUUCAGUCGUUUCCGACGAGUGUACUUCUUCAAAACUAAGGAGCAAGCAGCAGAGGCCAUCUGA